GCCAGCCCCGGAGGCGGCCCCGCAGCGCCGCAGCCGCGCGUUCCCCGGGCCCGAGCAGCCGCCGCAGCCGCCGCAGGCGCGAGGAGCCCGGCGCCCCGGGCCGCAGCCCGGCGUAGGCAUGCAGGCGAGGCGCCUGGCCAAGCGCCCCAGCCUGGGCAGCCGCCGCGGGGGCGCUGCGCCCGCUCCCGCCUCCGAGGCCGCCGCGCUGGGGCUCCCGCCCCCCGGCCCCAGCCCCGCUGCCGCCGCCGCACCGGGAAGCUGGAGGCCGCCGCUCCCGCCGCCGCGCGGGACCGGUCCCUCGCGCGCCGCCGCCGCCGCCUCGUCGCCGGUCCUGCUGCUGCUGGGCGAGGAGGACGAGGACGAGGAGGGCGCGGGCCGGAGGCGCAGGGCGCGCGGGCGGCUGGCCGAGAAGCCCCGAGGGGGCGCGGAGGAGGACGACGACGACGAGGAAGAGGACGAAGAGGUGGUCGUCGAGGUGGUGGACGGCGACGAGGACGACGAGGACGCGGAGGAGCGCUUCGGGCCCCUCGGACCCGGCCGUGCGCUUCCCAAGGGCCCGGCCCGGGGAGCGGCGAAGGUGGGGAGUUUUAAGAGAGAAAUGACCUUCACAUUUCAACCAGAGGACUUACGACGCGAGUCCAGCAAGAAGACUUCUCACCACUUGUUCCCACUGGCCAUGGAGGAAGACGUGAAAGCAGCCGACACCAAAAAAGCCAACCGGAUCCUUGACCAAGAAAAAGAAAACACUCGAUCCAUUUGUCUCCUUGAGCAGAAGCGGAAAGUGGUUUCCUCUAAUAUCGACGUCCCUCCUGCAAGAAAGUCUUCAGAGGAACUGGACAUGGACAAGGUGACCGCAGCCAUGGUACUAACCAGCUUGUCAACUAGCCCUUUGGUCCGAAGUCCUCCAGUGCGGCCCAAUGAGGGCCUCAGCGGGUCCUGGAAGGAGGGCGCACCCUCCAGCAGCAGCAGCAGCGGCUAUUGGAGCUGGAGUGCUCCCAGCGACCAGUCCAACCCGUCCACGCCCUCGCCGCCAUUGUCCGCUGACAGCUUCAAGCCCUUCCGUAGCCCCGCGCCACCUGACGAUGGCAUUGAUGAGGCCGAGGCCAGCAACCUGCUCUUCGACGAGCCCAUUCCCAGGAAGAGAAAGAACUCCAUGAAGGUGAUGUUCAAAUGCCUUUGGAAAAACUGUGGCAAGGUGCUGAACACGGCAGCAGGCAUCCAGAAGCACAUCCGGGCCAUCCACCUCGGGCGAGUUGGGGAAUCCGACUACAGUGAUGGAGAGGAGGACUUCUACUACACUGAGAUCAAGCUCAACACGGACUCCAUGUCUGAGGGCCUGGCCCCGGUUUCGCCCUCGCAGUCCCUGACCUCACCUCCCACGUUUCCUGUCCCAGACUGCAGCCGAACAGAAGCGCCUUGUGCCAAAACAGACCCCAAGCCGAUGACGCCGCUGAGCCGCUCAGCCCCCACCACCCUCUACCUCGUGCACACGGACCAUGCUUACCAGGCCACGCCCCCAGUGACUAUUCCGGGGUCUAAGUUCACCCCCAACGGCAACAGUUUCAGCAUUUCCUGGCAGUCUCCUCCGGUUACGUUCACCGGCAUUCCCGUGUCUCCAACACAUCACCACCCAGUGGGCUCAGGAGAGCAGCGACAGCACGCUCACACGGUCCUGUCCUCCCCGCCCAGAGGGACAGUCAGCCUAAGGAAGCCCAGAGGUGAAGGCAAAAAGUGCCGCAAAGUUUAUGGGAUGGAAAACCGGGACAUGUGGUGCACCGCCUGCCGCUGGAAGAAGGCGUGCCAGCGCUUCAUCGACUGAGCCAUCCCUGCCCCACUCUCACGACGGGUGGUGAGAAAGCCUCUCCUUCCAAAGGAAGCCAUUCAAGGCCCAGGGAAAGCCUUUCCUGGAAUUCUGGGAAUAUAAUUCCAUGGUGGAAUUAAAGCAAAAAAAAAAAAAUAUCAGCACCUGCACUGCUCUGAGAGCCCAGACAAGAGCAGCAAAAGUGACUUUUUCCUUCAAAAGAAAAGUAACUUUGCUUACUCUCCGUCUGGUCUUAAAACUGGACUUCUGUAGCAACCUAACCAACCAGGCCAUUUUACCUAGAAAGAUUUUGAUAAGCUUUCUGAAUUAUGGUAUUUUCAAGGGGUUUUCACACGUAAACAGUACAUUCAUAAGCUACACAAUAUUAGCUAGUAUUUGUACAAAGGAUAACCCACCUUGUGAAUAGCCGUCUCCCUGUUUUCCAGCCAGCUGCUUGGAGCAGUCUGGAUCAUGAUGUAUUUGAAGAAAGAGCUGCAGUCUGGCUGUCUUCUUCUGUGUCUGUUUUGUUUUCACAAAGGACCCAAGGAGAAACCUUGUAAAGAUGGUAGCUUGGAGCCCCAGGUAGCUUGAGGCCAAAAGUGACUGGCAGUGGGAAUCACAGGCAGACUUCAGCUGCAGGCUGAGGCCACGAGCCACUUCAGAAAGCAUCUGGGAGUCGUCCUUGGCCCCCAAGUGGUGGUCCACCUACUUCUCUGCCUGGCACAGCUCAGGUGAGAGCUGGCACCGGGGCCAUCUGGUAAGCCUCGACGCUUCUUUCAGGAAUGUCACAGGAACUGCAGCUGGGGCAGUGCCUGGCUUUGUCUGGUCAAUCUGUGGCCAGGACCGUGGGCUGUCAUCCUGCUCUCCAAACACUGACAAGUGGAAAUCUCCAGACUGCCUCACAGCUGUGCUCCAGGCAGAGGGUGGCUGUCGUGCCCCCGUCUGUGAGAGAGUUCCACCAGGGCAGCAGAUCCACCUCCCUUCUGAGUGCACUUUUAUCCAUGGCAUGCUCCACAUGUCGUAGGGUGAGUUAGUGGACAGAGUGGCAUAUAUGGAUAACAGAUAGAAACCUUUCAUUUCUUACAAAAAUAUUAGAGAGAUGAAUUAAGAAUUUGCUCAGAAACUAACUUAGGGGAUGCCCAAAGGGAAAUGCAUCUUGGUAUAGGACUCUCCCCAUCUAAUAGGGCCAGGGCUUGCACUGGAAUGCCUAUGGAAUGUCUAAAUCAGUGGAUUUGCAUGUUUGAGGGCUGGAGCGUGGUAGGCAGCCACCAAGCCUCGUCAGAACACUUCUGCCCUGCUUAAAGAACUGGAUGUCCUGUACCUAUGCAAAGUAAGAGUAAGAGCACCUUAGAGGAGGCACUGGGGUUGGGGGCGUGGUGUCAGCCAUACGAAUGUUAAGUGAAAUUGCACAGAGAAAAGCUUAAUAUAUGUUUAAAGAUUGUACAUAGCGUUUUUUUACAGAGUGGGACGAAGUCAUCUAGCAAUCAGAGACCCCUUUUAUGUUAGGGUCAUAUGGAGGUUCUGCAGCGCAACACCCUGAAUUUCUGCCUUCAUGUAUUUUGGCAAUCUUAUUUUUUAAAUUCAUGUGACUUUUUACAAGAUUAUUUCUUGAAAGAGAUCCUGAUCUGUUUCUUCAGGUAUUUAAAAGAAAAAAAAUUAUUUCAAGAGACAAGAAAAUGUGCUCUAUCUGAUUCCCCAUAGGCUGAUAGUCGACAUCAGGGCACUGGCUCUCCUGGGUGUUUUGACGGUAACCAGGAAACAACAUUUUUUUUAAACACAGAGCUGAGGUGUUCCCCGCUCCCCCUCCCCCCGGCUAUGUCCUCUCUCCUAUCUCCAGUAGUCUCUGCUGUGAAGUGAUGUCCUAGCUGGUCCAAGAAGUCCUGAGCCACACACAGAUUG